AUGCCAUACAUGGGAGCCUUCGGUUGCUGCAUAUGCGGCAACAUCCUAGAGUACGAGCACGAGAUCAUGUUUACACUCCGGGAAAGAGAAGAAUGGGAGAACAAGACACCCCCAAUUACAUGCAGCACGACUGAGCUGGAGGGCAUGUAUUUCAACGUUCCUUGGGUAUGGGCUACGUUGGUUCGAAUGAUCAUCCCGACUGAUAAGCACUACAUGUACACUGCAGAGAAUCAGCCAGCGCAAAACAGCUUCUUCCUAUCAGGAGUCGGCCAGAUGGGGUUCUGGAAUAACGUCCGAGGGUCGCUAGAGCCACUGCCCAUCACGGUCCCUCUAAGCCAGAAUACAGUCAUGAUAGGCGGAUAUGAUGGAGCAUCUGAUGGGGUAGCCUCGGCGUACUGGACUCGCAUGUUAUUCACCGAGGACGAUGACCAGGAUUUGCACUAUACACCCCGCGGAUACGUCCUCCACGAACGUUGCUGGUGGCUAGCCAAGAGACUCAUAGGAGCGUCAGUUCUGGAGAGGAACCUGAAUCUGUUUGCUGCUGUUCUGCAUGAUAGACGGGACGAUAUCCUGGCAAGUGGCUCCUUUGGGCCGUCGGAAGGAUCGUUCUAUGUACGGGAGAUUAUGACUGUGGGAGCCAAAAGAUUUCUCAGGAACCCGCAAAGAUAUAUGCGGAAGCACAUGAAUAUACUCGAGGAUCCCAGGUAUUUCCAUGGUCGUGAUCCAGUGAAUAUUACGGAAAUACGAGAUCUGGUGGAUGAAGCUAGGCGCCGGUUAAUGAUGCUACCAAAGGCAGCGCUAAUCAGCGCUCCUAUUGAUGUGCAGUGUCUGAUUGCAGACUGCAUAGACAGCCAGCGUGAUCUGAACAACAUGCUAGUUGCGUUUCGAUGGCAGCUACCGGAUGCAUAUUGGCGUGGGCGGUUUCCAGAGGACAUCAUCUUUGAGUAUGAUGGUUUCAAAAAUGAGCAGAUAGAUUGGCAGUAUCUCAGUCGAGGGGUGGAGCAGCUGCUCAAGACUUGUCAGGGGCUGAGGAAUCGACGGCGGAUAUUGAGAUUGUUAGAUGGUAUUAAAAAGGCGUUUCUCAACUGGAUACAUACUAAAGUAUAG